AUGGAUAGGAUAAGUGGGUUACCCGAUGCAGUGCUCGUGGGAAUAUUGUCUCAACAACCUACUAGAGAUGUUGUGGCCACAAUGGUUUUGUCAAAACGGUGGCGAUUUCUUUGGAGGAUGGUGCCAAAACUCGUAUACGAUGAUAGCUAUCAGAGUAAUGAGUUUGGUAAAUUUUCGAUAUUUGUUUUAAGAUCUUUGGUUUUGCAUGAGGCGCCAGUUAUAAAAACGUUGCGUUUCAAACUUGAUCAAAAGUCUUGUAAUGCUAUUGAUAUUGGAGUAUGGUUUAGAGUUAUUGCUAGACAUGUUGUGCGUAAGCUUGUUAUCGAGAUUGUUACUUCUUCUAGUCAAACUACUCCAGCUGUCACACUUCCGAGGAGCUUGUAUACAUGUUGUAAAAUGCUUGUGAUCUUGAAACUAAGUAACACGGUUCUUUUGGAUGAUGCAUUUGCCUCAAUUUUUUUCCCAUCCCUCAAGAAACUGAGUCUUGAAUCCAUGAAGUACCCACCAGGUGGUGAUGAAUUUUUCAAGAAGCUUUUAUUAAGCUGUCCUGUUCUUGAGGACUUAUAUGUGGAGCAGUGUCCUGAUGAUAAUGUGACUGUUUUCACCGUUAGGGUGCCUUCUCUCAAGUACGCAUCAUUGUAUAAAUCACAAGACAGAGUUAAAGAUGACAAAGAUGGGUUUGUGAUAAAUACUCCUUUGUUGGAACACUUGGUCAUUUCUGAGUAUAGCUCUUUCCAGCGUCUCUAUUUAUGUUUACCAACCGCAAAGGAUGCAUAUCCUAUUGGUAGUGUCUUCCGAAGUCUUUACCAUAAUGAGGAUUAUCCACGUCCGUGCUGGAGUGAACCGAGUUCAAUUCCUAAGUGUUUGGUAACGAGUCUUGAAACUCUCAAAUGGGUAAAUUAUGAAGGGUACAAAGAAGAGAAACAAGUAGCAGCAUUCAUCUUAAGAAACGCAAACCGUUUGAAGAAGGCAAUUUUCUCCUCUGAUGAUUCCAACGAUCACGAGAAAUCUGAGAUGCUUAAAGAGUUGUUGUCAUCAUCAUCGCCUAUGUGUUCACGUACUUGCCAGCUUCGUUUUGAUUGA